AUGAAGGCGUCCCAGUUCUUGAAGCAGCUCUUCUCCGCCAUUGUGGCCGCUGUGAAGGGGAGGUCUACCGCGACGGGCAGCAAGACGAACCCCGUGCGGACGCGCCUCGUCAUCUUCAGCAUCCUCCGGAACAAGAAGCUCCUGAUGAGCGCCAUCAACAGCAAGAUUCACGCGAUCAUGGGCGGCAGAAGCCAAGACGACAGCGAGCGCGGCAAUGGCAGCAACCACCUUGUUGCGGCCGUGAGCAGUGGAGUUGGUAGGAAAGCCGCCGUGCUGCAAAACCUGCCGAGCUUCGUAUUGCUCAACAGCCUUCCAAGCUUCACCAUGGGCCGGGAUGGCGGUGGCAGCGAUUCGCCAUUGGUCAUGGUGAGCAGCGACGUGGAGAAAGAGGAGGGCGGAGAGGGUGUGGCGAAGCAGCUGCAGCUGGCGAACGUACCGCCAGGGUCGGUGAUCGAUCUUGCCCGCAGCGCGGCGGAGCGAGGCGGCGUGGAGUUCAGGCUGGAGGACGAGAUCGACCACGUCGCCGACGUGUUCAUCAGGAAGUUCCACGACCAGAUGAAGCUGCAGAAGCUCGAAUCCUUCAAGAGGUUCUGCGAGAUGCUCGAAAGGAACUAA